AAUCAUUUCUGACUAUCAAAUAGAAGCAAGGAGUGCUUUCAUUGUUUUCAAUAAGGACAAGAGUUUUGGCUCGAGUGGUAAGCUUAAGCUUGAAGUCCUGGCACCUCUCACCUCAAUCUUUGACAAGUUUGUUGGGCUGGAUGAUUCUUUCUUUUUUUAUAGAGAUUUUAAAUUCCAAAAAUGUGAAAGUGUGCUGGGAGAGAAAAGGGAAAGCUGAUGUCAGGAGCAAACCAGCUGGCCUUUGAUGGCAUCCCCUAUGUACAUAUCGGUGAGAAAAUCUUGUGGUGCCAUCAAGGCAAAGAUAAAAGGAAGAAAAAAGACCUGCAGGAUACAAAGUCAUAUGUAAGAUUCUCUCCUUUUUAUGGGGUCUUUUUUAUGAAAAUUGUCUAACAACAACAACAACAACAAUAUUAAUAAUAAUAAUAAUAAUAACAAUAAUAAUAAUAAUAAUAGUAAUAAUAAUAAAAGAAACAAAAUAGAAGCUAUCAAUAGUCUUGCAGUCCCAGUUGUGCAAUAUAGCUUUGGCAUCAUUGACUGGAAAAUCUCAGAACUGAAGAAGAUUGACACAAAAACAAGCAAACUAUUGAACAUGCACAAGAUGUUACAUCCUAAAGCAGAUGUGGAAAGGCUGUACAUCCCAAGAAAAGAUGGAGGUAGGGGCCUGAUUGAUGUAGAAACAGCAUUCAAAACUGCAACAAUAGGGCUUGAUCACUAUCUGAAGCACAAGGAAGGGCAAUAUCCAAAGCAGGUGCUUGAACAUGAAAGAUCUAAAGCCAAAAAUUCAAUAUCCAAGAAUGCUACUAAAUUCAAAAGGGAAGUAACAAUGCCAGAGAUUGAGUACAGAGAAGAUAAAUCUGCCUGUGAAAAUGCUAAAGCCCUGAAACACGUGUUUAAGUCCAGGAUGAAGUCAAUGAAAGAAGAAAAGUGGAAAAACAAAGCAUUGCAUGGCCAGUAUCCAAAGAUCCUAGAGAAGCCUCAUGUAGACACAGUCACCACCAACAAAUGGUUGUCAAGUAAUUUGAAAGGAGAAACAGAGGGACUACUUGUUGCAGCUCAAGACCAGGCAAUAAACACCAGAAACUACCAGAAAGUAAUAUGUGGCCAGCAAGUGGAGAGCAAAUGCAGAAUGUGUUCGCAACAUGAAGAGACAGUGGACCAUAUUGUAUCUGGAUGUGAGGUAUUAGCCAAAACAGAGUACAUCUCCAGGCACAAUAAUGCUGCAGCAUAUCUCCAUUGGAGCAUACGUAAAGAUCAUGAUAUAGAGAUUACAGACAAAUGGUACGAACACGAACCAGAGACGGUGAUACACAAUAAAGAUAACAACAUCACCAUCAUGUGGGACAUGCCAGUCAAUACUGAUAGAACUAUAACAGCGAACAGACCAGAUAUCAUCGUUAAAGAUUCAGUGAAUUCCACCUGCAAACUUAUUGAUAUGACUGUUCCAUCAGAUAGAAACAUCGUACUGAAGGAAACUGAAAAAAAAUGCAAGUACAAAGACCUAGAACUAGAAAUACAGAGAAUGUGACAUAUGAAAACAGUAGUGAUUGUUGGUGCGCUUGGUACAGUGAAGAAGGGUAUGGUAGAAAACAUCAAGAAAGUAUCAGAAAGAGCUAAUAUGACAGAGAUUCAAAAGAUCUGCAUGCUGGGAUCUGCACGGUGCUCAGUGUAUGAACAGAAUGAUUGACUUGAGUGACUGACGCUCUAGGUGCAUGGUUUGCGCCCGGCUGAUGCACAAAAAGAACACCAGCAAAGACUGUGAUAAUAGAGACAAUAAUAAUAAUAAUAACAGUAAAUUUUCAACUUACCUUCAUUUAGGUUAAUGAUCACUGUUACAAGCGAAAGCGGACAUAUACUCAAGUAUCCAAAAAGAAGAACUGUCCAGCAGCAAUUCACAUACAACAACUUGCCAAAUUCCAUAAUUUCAAGGUAGGUGUGCUGGUUUUGUGGGGGUAAUGUAUACAUAAAUGAAGGAGGAAAAUAACCUCAUACAGUGCCACAAAUCCACACAUUGAGAUAAAGGGGGCACUAUCAUCUGGAAAGCAUUGCAAAGCAAAGCACUUGACCCUGCACUUACCAGCUUGAGCUACAAGGGAGGGGGAGGGGUAGGGGAGGGCUCACUAAACAGGCCACUAACCUUUUAAACACCACAUUUACCCGAUAUGUUCUUUGAUGUACUGGAAACUCUAACUUGGACUAUUAAAUAUAUGAAAAAAAAUCUGUGUCGCAGACACUCUCAACCUUCUGUAUAGAGACAGUCCAUACAAAUGGUCUAGAGGAUGUGAGGGCUGGCUGCGACACAGGCUAGUUUUUCCCUUUUCGGUUAUUUAUUCCUCAAUGCCCCCUUUUCCUUUUAAAAGUCCUUUGCCUGAAUAUGAAGGCACAAUUAUACCACAGUAAGUGCAUUGCUAAUAAAAAUAAAGAAAUAUAAUCUCCAUGUCAAUAAUCUUGUCACUGAAUUUCACAAUGGUUGGCUUUAAUUUUUCAGGUUCACAGAGACACCCCGUUCUUCAGAGCUACUGCUGCAAAACAGCUCCACCAAGCUCUAAAUGAAAAGAAAGCUGGAAAUGCAGGGAUGAAAUAUUUAAUAACACUACCUGAUCCAUCUCAACACAGGAACCACAUCACUGGCAAAGUAAUGCAAAUAGUCAAUGAACAUGUUACAUCUACCCUUAGAUAACAA